GUUGACAAAAAUGCUGAGUUGGUGGCAAGAUGGCACUACUGCGCUCUGAGUCAAGAGAAGUUAUGUCGGCCAAUAGUAGCCUGUGAGCUAGGCAGGUUGUAUAAUAAAGAUGCCAUCAUUGAAUUUUUGUUGGACAAGUCAGCUGAUAAAACGCCUAUGGAAGCUGCGUCACAUAUCAAGAGCAUUAAGAAUGUAACAGAACUGAACCUUGCAGAUAAUCCAGCUUGGAGUGGUGAUAAAGAGAGUAUAAAAGGUGACAAAUAUGAUGACAUCCAAUCUGCACGCUUUAUAUGCCCUGUGGUGGGAUUGGAAAUGAACGGAAGACACAGGUUUUGUUUCUUGAGAAACUGUGGCUGUGUGUUCUCUGAACGUGCUCUCAAAGAAAUAAAAUCAGAAGUUUGUCACAAGUGUGGUGUUCCCUUUCAAGAGGAAGAUGUGAUUAUCCUUAAUGGUAAUAAAGAAGAUGUGGAAGUAUUGAAGAAAAGAAUGGAGGAUAGAAGACUUAAAAGUAAAUUAGAAAAGAAAUCAAAGAAGUGUAAGUCAGCAGAACCAGCUUCUCGGCAAGACACUGCUGAAGAUUGUCCAGGUCCAUCAAAGGCUAAGAAUGGAAAGGAUUGUAUCAAUUCCAGUUCUGGGGAAAAGAGGCAGAUUAUCUUCACCAAAAGUUCAGAUAAUGGAAAUUCAUCUGUACCAGGAAAAGUCAAUAAGGCUUCUGCUACUACCACGAAGAGAUCCAUUGCAGACAGUGAGGAGAAAUCUGAGGCAUACAAAUCUAUUUUUACAUCGCACAGCUCAGCAAAACGUUCAAAGGAAGAGUGUUCCAACUGGAUUACUCACACAGCAUACUAUUUCUGAAACAAUGAUGAGCCUGAUCGUAACAUUCAUCACUGCUUUCCUUCCCUAAGGCUUUUUCUGUACAACUCUGAUACAGAACUUUUGUUGUAAUCUGAUGUUAUCUGCAAUUAUUCCGUUUAUAAACUAGUGAAUAACUAAUGAACUUGUGUUAGCUGCAACUUCUGUUAAAUAAGAAAUAGAUGGCCAG